UGUGCCGCUGUGAAGCUCCGGACUCCCCCGCUCCCGGCGCAGGUGGUGCGGUCGGGCUGGAGCAGGAAGUGGGAAGAGGAAGACUGUCCGCAGGAAAACUGACGACUUUCUCUCUGUAACUAUUAUCAGCUUCUCCAAACGCGUGAUUCACUGAAAGAUCCCCUGCGUUCAGGAGCUCAUCGAAGCGACAAUGUGGAAGGCAGCUGCAGGUCAGUCCGUCUCUGUGUCAGUGGACGAUGGAGGAGAUGACUGGGAAACUGACCCGGACUUUGAGAAUGACGUAUCAGAGAAGGAGCAGCGCUGGGGAGCCAAGACUGUGGUCGGCUCCGGACAUCAGGAACACAUCAAUAUUCAUAAGCUGCGUGAGAGGGUGUCGUCUGAACACAGUGACCUGAAGCAGAAGGAGCUGGAGAACAUGCCCAAAGCUUCCCACGGCUAUGGAGGGAAGUUCGGAGUGCAGCAGGACCGCAUGGAUAAGUCUGCCGUAGGCCACGAGUAUCAGAGCAAGCUGUCCAAGCACUGCUCUCAGACCGACACCUCCAAGGGUUUCGGAGGGAAAUUCGGAGUGGAAGCGGAUCGUGUUGACCAGUCUGCCAUGGGCUUCGAGUACGCUGGGAAAACUGAGAAACACGCCUCGCAGAAAGAUUACGCCACUGGGUUCGGCGGCCGCUACGGCGUUCAGGCGGAUCGCGUGGACCAGAGCGCCGUUGGCUUCGAUUACCAGGGGAAAACGGAAAAGCACGAGUCUCAGAAAGAUUAUGCCAAAGGCUUCGGUGGCAAAUUUGGAGUGGAGACGGAUAAAGUGGACAAGAGCGCCAUGGGCUUCGAGUACCAGGGCAAGACGGAGAAACACGAGUCCCAGAAAGACUACGUGAAGGGUUUCGGAGGGAAGUUUGGCGUUCAGACGGACCGUCAGGAUAAGUCUGCGAUGGGAUGGGAUCAUCAGGAGAAACUGCAGCUGCACGAGUCACAGAAGGAUUAUUCUAAAGGCUUUGGAGGGAAGUAUGGUGUGCAGAAGGACCGAAUGGACAAGAGCGCAGGCACGUUUGAGGAGGUGGAGAAGCCGAGCGCGGCGUAUCAGAAGACCCGUCCCGUGGAAGCAGCUGGAAACAGUGCCGGCAGUAUUAAAGCUCGCUUUGAGAACAUCGCGAAGCAGAAGGAGGAGGAGGAUAAGAAGAGAGCAGAAGAGGAGCGCGCCAGACGGCAGGCCAAGGAGAAGCAGGAGCAGGAGGAGGCGCGCAGUAAAGAGGAGGCGCGCAGUAAGCAGAAGGAGGAACCCGUCACCGAGUCGGUGGAGAACGGUGCAAACGUGUACGAGGUGGAGCCGGUCCCAGCAGAACCCACAUAUGAAGAACCGGUUCAGGAAGACCUGUACCAGAACACUGAGCCGGACGACCAGACCUCAGGUGCUCAGUCGUACGAGUAUGGAGAGGAUCUGGGCGUGACCGCCGUGGCUCUGUACGACUAUCAGGCUGCGGGUGAUGAUGAGAUUUCCUUUGACCCAGACGACAUCAUAACCAACAUCGAGAUGAUUGACGAGGGCUGGUGGAGGGGCGUGUGCCGGGGCGCGUACGGACUCUUCCCAGCCAAUUACGUUGAAGUUCGACAAUAGACUCACUCUUUCAGCGGCAGAGCGUCACGGGAGGAGACGUCAGCCCUCCAUUUCAUGCUUCCAGUCCUUUAUCAGCCCUGCUUUCUCUUCUUUCUCUGUCUCACGUUGAGUGUUCGGCGAACGCUCGCGUCUCGUUUCAUGUCAGUAGUUCUGAGUAGAUGCCUCUGCCAAUAGAGAUUUUAUGAGAGCGUUUAUAUACACACACACACACACACACAUUCGCACUCAGUGUGUGAGAUAAGAGAUGGUAGACCAAAGAUCAGAGGUCUUCUGGCAUGUCAUGCACAUGGGCGGCUUCUUUAUGACUCUUAAAGCUGCGUCCGUACGAACACUUUGUUCAUUUUAGUGUCUUUUUGCAGUGUUGGAAUAUGGAGUAAAUGAAUUAUGUUUGAAAAUAUGAAGGCCAAAAUGUGAUGCCAUAAUAGAUCACUGCUAGAAUUCUGCAUCAGGAUCAACAGACAUUCCAUCGCAGUGUUUGAAACGUUUAUAAAAAUCACUUUAAUGGUGUUUGAAGGGUUGUGUAUUAAAUCAGAUGCUGGUGUCUUAUGUGUAUGUCUGAUUUGCGUCGUCUCGUGCUUAUGAUUCAUCUGUAAAUUCUGUGCAGGUGUUCGGCUACAUCUGGACGUCGAUGUCGAUCUUUCCGUGAGUGCAUGACAUUUCUGUUUGUGACGGCUGAAUUAUAACGAAUGAUCUGGUGACAAAUGACAAUCCGCACCGGUGCAGUGGAGUUAAUAAUGGCUUGACAACAGCUAAUGACAUAAUCCGUUUUGCAUUUUUAGUUAAGUAGUCUUUUCGAACAAAUUGUCUGUGCUUAUCUAUACUGGCUCUCUUUACAAGGAUGUUUUAUAAGAAAUAUCAUUUAAGAAUAAAAAAAUAAAUAAAA